AUGUCUGUGCCUAACUUAACAAAUAGCAUUAUUCAACAACAAAAUAUCGUAAUCAAUCAAGUUCCCAUAACGCAUACUAUUAUGACAAAUGUAAGUAACGGGGUACCAGUAGUAAAUACAAUUCCUCAUACGAAUUCUGAAGACCACAAAGAAGAAAUAAAACCAGGAAUGUCUAUGGUAGAUACGAUGACAGGUACCAAUUUAGUUGGAGUACAAAAUUUAGUUCAUAAUAUACAAGUUCAAAAUCCUAUGCAACAACAACAAAAAAUUGUCCAACAAAAUAAUCAGUCGUCAAGCGAACCUUUACAAGUAUUGACCAAACAACGCUUACAAGAUUUAGUUAGAGAAACAGAUCAAACACUAAACUUAGAGGAAGAAGUAGAAGAAAUUAUAUUGAGUUACGUAGAUGAGUUUGUUGAUAGAUGUCUCAAUGGCGCAGCUCUGAUUGCCAAGAAUCGUCACAAUAGCACCAUCGAAGUUAAAGAUGUACAGCAAUUUUUGAACAGGAAUUACAAUAUGUGGACUCCCGGUUUUGGUACUGAUGAAUUGAGGCCUUAUAAGAGAAGUUUAACUACAGAAGCACAUAAACAGAGAAUUGCUCUCAUAAGGAAAACUUUGAAAAAAUAUUAG